AUGUCUUCUAAAACCACCCCCGCCCCCGCCUCAGACGGGCUCGGAAGGGGUCUCUUCGCCUCAACGGAUCUUGCAAUCGGCGAAACAGUGCUGCACAUCUCCACGCCCUUUGUAGCAGUCCUGGACAAACCGCGUCUCGAGGACACCUGUUCUGGAUGCCUCGGAAAGCGACACCUGGGCAGUUACGAGAACACACUCAAGGCGUGUAGAGGGUGUCAUGUCGUGAAGUAUUGCGAUAAGACCUGCCAAUCCAAAGACUGGAAAUUCGCGCAUUCUCUCGAAUGCGGCAUCUACCAGCAACUCCAGCCGCGGAUUCUGCCCAUCAACGCACGAGCCGUGCUGCGGAUGGUUCUGCGCAACGGGCGGAAGAAGUACGGCACCGAGGAGAUGAAAUUAUUCCUUGAACUGGAGACGCAUAUCAAAGAUAUCCGGGACGAGAAUGAGGCCCAGUGGCAGCGGAUUGCCCUCUGCUCGAAGGCUGUCAAGACCUACGCUGGCACGGAGAUGCAGGAGGAGUUUAUUUCGGCUUUUGGGGCCAAGCUUGACCUGAAUUCCUUCAAUCUCACCAAUGCUGUUUAUGAUCGUAUUGGCGUUUAUCUACACCCUUAUGCUGCGUUGAUUAAUCAUAGCUGUACUGCGAAUGCGGUUGUCGGGUUUGAAGGAGAUGAGCUCUAUGUUAAAGCUCUACGUCCUAUUGCGAAAGGCGAUCAGAUCUUUAUCUCCUAUGUUGAUGCUACCAAUCCGUACUCUGUGCGUCGGACUGAGUUGCGCGGGAGAUAUUAUUUUGAUUGUCGGUGCGAGAGAUGUCAGACAGAAUCAUCAUCAGCACCGACAUCAUCAGAGACAGCGGCAACAACAAACAACCACCACCCUCACCACCGCCCUAUCCCACCUCCAGCACACUUCCCCCCCACCCCAAUCACCACGCAACCCUCCGUCUCCCUCCGCGACGAACUCAUCGUCUCCCUCCUCACCCAAGGGAAAUUCAAAACCGCCUUCGCGCACGCCACCAUCCGCUACACCCGCAUCGACCCCGUCGUCUACGCCCCCCACCACCCCAUCCGCCAGCUCCACGCCUGGUCGUUAUCCAAGUUGGCCAUUCUGCUCUCGCAAGGCGUGGAUGUUAGUCAUCGCUCUUCUUCUGAUGACGAUGAAGAGGAGGUGGCGUUGGAGAAAUUCGAGGUCAAUCUUGGUUUGAUUAUUUGGGCGGUCUUGGGUGAAUUGGUGGCGGGUGAGGAGAGGGCGUGUACGGUGCCUGGGUUUAAAGGGCUGGUGAGGGAGGCGUUUGGGCAGGUGCAUGGGGAGUUUUUGGCGGGGGGGUUGGAUCCGAGGGCGAUGGGGGCGGAGGUCAAGAGGGAGUGGGGGAAGGUGGGGAGGUUGGUGGAUGAGGUUUUGGAGAGGGAGGGUUAGUUAGGUAGAUUGGUAUUGGAAUCUGGAGAGAGAUAGAUGGAUUGGAUUGGGUGGGAUGGAGUACGGGGUAUAUUGUUUAUGCAUAGUACAUAUUAUAUACCGGAGGGGCUUGGGGAGGGGGGAGGGCAUAUAGAUAGCAUAUACGGGGUAGUAAGGGAUGCUGGAUAUACGUCACGUCACGUCACGUCAGCGAGACCCCGAUCGAUCUACUCAUCGCAACCCGUGAAAAGUGAAAUCGUUAAAAUUUAGACUCCCAUCAGUCCCUAUAAGCUAAUCGACAACACACAGGAACAGUAAAAGUCUCGUCCCCCCCCUCCCUUGGGUCUGAGAGGGGGGAAACGUUGGGUUUUUUUUUAGGAUCCGGCUUUUUUUUGGGUUUCGUUCUCAUGCCGACAAGAC